AUGAUGACUAAUAUAAAGAUACUUUCAUUAUGUCUUAUAAUUACUUUUAUAUUUUAUAUGAAAAUAUCACCAGCUAUACUUAAUUAUAAAAUUAAAAAAACAAACUUUUUUGUACAUCUUCUUUAUAAAUCAUACUUUACUUAUAGAAAAAUAAGAGAAAUUUUCAAUUUAUCAAAAAGUAAGUUUAUAGUUACAUAA